AUGGAGGAGAAUCUCCGCGAGUUGGAGGAGCAGCAAAACGCGCAGAAGCGCAAGGACCCGCACACGUUGGAGGAAAUUCCGGACGACACCGACGAUUUGGAGGACGAGGCGGAGAUCCAGGCGUGGAAGGAGCGCGAGUUCCGACGGAUCAUGCGGUCGCGGGAGAAGGAGGAGCAGCGCAGACAGGAGGAAGCGGAGAAGGAGCGGCGCGAGAAGAUGACGGACGAAGAGUUGGCGGAGGAAAAUAGGCGAUUGGAGGAGGCGGGCGUGCGAAAGAAGAAGCAGGAGCACGUGCAGGGAACGUUCCUGCAGAAGUACUACCACAAGGGCGUGUAUUAUCUGGACGACGAGAGCAUUCAGAGCGAAAACGACAUUCGGAACCGCGAUUUCCACGCGCCGACGGAGAGGGAUAUGGUCAAUAAGAAGCUGCUGCCGAAGAUCAUGCAGGUGAGAGACUUCGGAAAACGCUCGCAGAGCAAAUGGACGUAUCUGCGGAAUGAGGACACGCUGAAGAAUACGGAUUGGCUGAAUGAGUUGCAGGCGAAGAAUGCAGAGUCCAAGUUUAAGCAUGCUGGAACAAAGUAG